GUACAUUAAUUUUAGAAGUGAAUAUUUAGAGACCAACAGAUACACGAAUGUAUUUUGGUCAAGUUUUGUGUGUAUAUUGUACGGAAGAUGGUUUCAUCAAGCAAAGUAAGGCGCUUAUGAAGCAGUUGUAGAUUCUGACAGAUAAAGUUUCCAAAAGAUCGUUUUCUCAGGAAAAACUGUCCCUCCUCAUGUUUCCAAAAGUUCUUGUAACAACUCUGGCUGUAUGUAUUGCCAUAUUUGUGCGAGGCUCAUCUGCAACUGUUGGCUAUGAUAUUUCGGUGUGGACAAUGGAUGCUUGGAGGGCUGGUACCGAUGCCACAGUCUUUGUAAUUCUUUACGGACACAAGGGCACGUCGAGUAGUAUGAUAAUGGACUCAGCUAUUGAUGACUUUGAAAGAGGGAGUGUGGGAUCCUACGCGUUGGACACGGGCGUUGAUUACGGUGUGAUAACUAAAAUACGCAUAGGACAUGAUAACGCUGGCGCUAGAGCAGGUUGGAAGUUUGAAAUGGCCCAGGUUACUGACCGACAAAGUGGAACAGUGACAACGUUUACUUGUGAUUGCUGGGUGGACAGCUCCCCCUAUUAUGUAGAAACUCUAGCUUUUCAAGUGCAUGGAGUUUGGAGUGAUUGGAGCUUUGAUGAUUGCUCCGUGACGUGUGGUGGGGGAACACAGAGUGGAACACGAGCAUGUGACAAUCCACCUCCAAGUGGCACAGGCGCGGCAUGCACGGGGGAUUCAUUUACAGAUCAGUCCUGUAAUACUAACGAAUGCCCAAUCAACGGAGGAUGGAAUGAAUGGUCAGAAUUCGGUUCCUGCUCUAGCACGUGCGGCGGAGGUACAAAGACACGUUCUAGGUCAUGUGACA